AUGGAGAGAGAUGCAGUUGAUGGGGUUCUGCUGGACUGUCCCUGGGUACCAGUGUGUAUCAGUGGGUCUCAGCUCCUGGCAAAGACCUGGUUUGGGGACACAGCGUACCGCAUCCUGCUCACGGACCUGCACUCUGUGUGGGAGGAGGAGAUGGACACCAGGGCCAUCCAGGACAGAGCUCAGGAGCUGAACAGGCGAUUGCGGGCUCCCGUCCACGCCUUCUUCUCUCACAUGUGUGAGGUGGCUCACCCCUGUCUGUCUGGGCGGGUGGAGGACGGGGGGGCGCUUCAGUUCUCCCUCAACCACCACGGCGGUGACAUCAACCUGAAGUUGAAGAGUGAGCUGGCUGGGGUGCCUUUCUACUGGGAAUUCCGCUGCACCCCUGCCCCUGUGGCUUUGGUGUGCAGUCAGCUUGUGCGCCCCCUGCUGUUGAUGAGCAGGUUACUGCAGAGACAGGUGGGCCAACUGGGAGCUCUGCUGGCCAGGAAAGACACUGAGCUCCAAGACUACAGGGACAAUGGGGCAGUGCUGAGCAGAGAGCGAUUGCAGACAGAGUUGUUUGAGGAACAAAGCUACAGAGAGAACUUCCUGACACAGACUGUGCCACAGGUAUGUGCGAGGCAGGGCGGUCUGGGGUUUGACUCUGAGCUGCAGGAGCUCUACUCAGCCGUCACGUCCUACGGCAACACCAACGCUCGCAAACGUAAGAUCUCUGAGAGACACGCCCCCGAAGAGGACGAAACCACCACAGAGGACCGUGACCCUAACCACGCCGCCAGCGGCACACAGCCCCCAGGAGAGGAGGUGAACCAUGGGCUGGACCAGGGGGAUAGAGACAGAACCACAGACUCGGAGACACCAAAUGAGGAAAAGACUACAGUUCCCAUGGCUACUGCCGCAGAUCGGCCCUCCGCCCGACCCAAGAAGAAGAAAGCUAAGGGGCUUUUUGGAUGA